CUCGGGCGGGGGAAUGCUGUGAGUGGGACUGACGUCUGCCGGAGCGUCUCCGUGCUCCAACAAGUAGCCGCAUUGUGAUCCCGCGUCCAUCCCAGGCCGGCGGCCUUGACGGGAUAGGCUCCUUCAGGUGGUCUGUGGGCAGCUCGGACCUGCUUGAAGGGAUGCGUCCUGGGGCGCCGGCUCACUCCGAAGGUCCGCGGGAAGUCUGUGAAAGAGCGUCUGAUAGCGAGCAGGAUGCUGCAGUCAAACUGGAUCAGGAGCGGGCGGACAUCGUGGCCAAAUACGACAAGGGAAAAGAAGCCACCGUGGAACCUUGGGAGGACACCAACUUUCACCUGUACAAGGUGAUCGACCGCUUCGGCUUCCUCCACGAGCAAGAGCUUCCAUCCUACGACUCGGCGGAGGAAAAGCACAAACACACGGAGCUGGAGAGGACCAACAAGUGGCUGAAGAUGUUGAAGAGUUGGGACAAGUACAAGAACAGUGAAAAGCUUGUCCGCAGGAUCUACAAGGGAAUUCCACUGCAGCUCCGUGGGGAGGUGUGGUGCUUGCUGCUGGAUAUUCCCAAGAUGAAGGAGGAGAAGAAGGACUUCUAUGAGAAGCUGAAGGCCAGAGCGAAAGGGACGUCCCCCGACAUCCGGCAGAUAGACCUGGAUGUGAACCGCACCUACCGGGAUCACAUCAUGUUCCGGAACCGCUACGACGUCAAGCAGCAGGCGCUCUUCCACGUGCUGACGGCCUACUCCAUGUACAACAUGGAGGUGGGCUACUGCCAGGGCAUGAGUCAGAUCACGGCCCUGCUGCUCAUCUACAUGAACGAGGAGGACGCCUUCUGGGCUCUGGUCAAGCUGCUGUCGGGACACAAGCACGCCAUGCACGGCUUUUUUAUCCCCGGCUUCCCCAAGCUGAUGCGCUUCCAGGAGCACCACGACCGCAUCAUGAAGAAGAUGAUGCCCAAACUCAAGCAUCACCUGGACAACCAGGAAGUGCUGACCAGCCUGUACACCAUGAAGUGGUUCUUCCAGUGCUUCCUGGACAGAACGCCCUUCACCCUCACUCUCAGGAUAUGGGACAUCUACAUCCUGGAGGGGGAAAGACUUCUGCCCGCUAUGUCCUACACGGUCCUCAGACUGCACAAGAAGAACCUGAUGAAGAUGUCCAUGGAGGAGCUGGUGGACUUCCUGCAGGUGUCUUUGUCCAAAAAUUUUCUUUUCGAGGAUGACUUUGUGAUCGAGCAGCUGCAGGCCUCCAUGGUGGAGCUCCGCAGGGUCAAGCUGGAGUUGCCGGCGCCAGGUAAGGACGAGGAGUUCCCCAAGAAGCCCUUAGGGCAGCUUCCCGAGCUGGCGCCAGCGGCCAUGAACCACGUCGGCAACGGUCAGAGCCACGCCGAGCCAGCCGAGCCUCCGAAGCAGCCCAGUCCGGUACCGGAGCGCCGUCAGGAUAGUCGCCCCCCCAGUCGGUUACGGCGGGACUCGCUGGAGAAGUCGAUACGCCACCGCAAGGUUGACAUGAGGGACGGUCGACUCGGGGGACUCGAAGUGGAGCCACACUCGGCACCAACCCCAGUCCAGCACUUGACCACCGUGGACCGAAUGAAGACUCCGAGUCACGCCGUCGCCCACCUCAACUCCAACGCGGUCUCCGGUUCUCACAGAGACAUCGCGCCUCGCUGGUUCAAGCCCUCCGAGACUAAGCUCGAAGCCGCCAAAGCAAUGGCGGCCCGGCAGGUCCAGCUGAGCCGGGGCGCGUCUCCGGCGCCCUCCGGUCCCGACGACGGCCAACAGCCCUGCCGACGACCACACUCCAAGGACUUUGUUCCUGACGCCAACCGCGGGUCCAACGCCUCGCAGUACGACAAUGUACCAGGACUGCCGGAGCAGGAGUUUCAAAUCCUGGAGCUGGAGAGACCUCCGUCCAGGAUGAGGACUCCUCGCAGCGAGACCCCCUACGGUGUACCGUCCUCUCAGCAGGGUGAUCCACUUUACGGAUCCAGUGUAGUAACAUCUCAGAUACCCUCCAACCCUGCUCACCAGCAUCCGGUCGGGGUCUACCCCGGGUUCCCUGGAAACCAGAGCCACUACCACUCCCCUCCAGUGCAGCACUUCUCUGGCAGGGCGACGACUGAGGUCCCCAUCUUUCACCCGGGCUACAAACACUACGCUCCACCCUCCCGACUCAUUUCACCCCCCAACACGAGGACGGGGGAGCAGAUGUACGCCACCACCAGGCGACCGCCCGGCAGCCGCUCUCCCGACAGGGCUCCGGUGAACUCUUUCGCCACCUACCGCAGGCAUCCGCCGCCCAACAGCGCCCAUAACCCUCGGAGAGCCCCCUUGCAGCUGGAGCCCCAAGGGAGCACCACCCCCAUCUACCUGCAAAAGCUCACCUCCACCGCACAGGUCCACGUCCCCCUGGACUACAGCUUCCAGGGGCAAACAGGAAGCCAGUAUCAUCCUGAAGGUAAACCCCAACGGGGCCCCGCACAGUCCCCCGGCGCCGUGCCUCGCUCGCCCAGCUUCCAGGAGGCCCAAAUGUCCCCGGUGGAGGCGUUCACCUUCCCCGACAGCGGCGCCGGCCCGCAGCACUACAGGACGCCUUUCCAGGAGCGCCGGCAACAGCUCCCCCAGCUGUUUGGAGGCGCGCACUACAGGCACGCACAGGAGGCGUUCGCCAUGCAGGAGUCCAUGCUGCUGUGAUCCAUGUCACUCACACUGUGCUUUUCUUCUACGCACUCCCUGGGCCACACCUUUCUUACCAAGCACUCCGCAGGGAAUUACAAGGAGAAGAAGAGAAAAAAAAAAAGGCUGAAUAUUUUUGUUUUAUUUUUGGAUGUAAAUCAUUAACAGAGACUAAAGAGUAUAAAUCAG